AUGUUCUCCAACUGGACGCAUCUAAUGCGUUCCUUCACGGAGAAAUCUCUAAAUAAAUCUACAUCAAACAACCUCAUGGAUACGAAGAUCCCCUUCAACCCAAUGCCAUUUGCAAGCUUCACAAAUCGCUGUACGGUCUCAAACAAGCGCCCCAACAAUGGUUUCACAGUCACAGGGAAUGAUCCACUUCACACUCAACAACUGCUUCAGGAUCUUAAAUCUCACUUCGCUAUCAAACACAUUUCCUUAUUUCUCGGGAUACAGAUAAACCGCACAAACGCCGGGUUCUUCCUCACUCAGGGGCACUACGCCUCCAAAAUUCUUCAAGAGACAGGCAUGUCGAAUUGCAAAGCCGCACCUACACCCAUAACACCGGCUUCCAAGCACGCGACAAUCGAUAGCAAUCCCUUUCCCGACGCCUAUCUCUAUCGAUGUCUGGCCGGUUCCCUUCAAUACUUAUCUAUCACACUUCCAGACAUUGCUUUCGCCACUAAUCAAGUGUGCCAGCAUAUGCAGUCUCCGACAGAUCAUGAUUUCCAGAAUCUCAAACGCAUUCUACUAUACGUCAAAGGGACUAUCACUCACGGCCUUCCGAUCAUACCCGGCGACACCACUCUCCAUACCUUCACGGACGCGGACUGGGCCUCCGAUCUCACCGACCGCAAGUCAAUCUCCGGAUUCUGCACUUUCAUGGGCUCGAACCUACUCUCUUGGUCGGUCAAGAAGCAGAUUACCGUCGCCAAGUCGUCAACCGAAGCCGAAUACCGAGCACUCUCCGCGGCGACUACGGACAAUCUCUGGCUCCGGCGCCUAGCAGACUAA